CAUGCCGCUGACUGGUCAUUCUUAUCGCCCAGUUCCAGACUCUCCAGGUUUGCAUUCUCGCUCGAUUGAGCAGUAUACUAUUCAGGCUGCUUGUGGGGCUGGUGGAACUCCAACCAAGGGACGUCCCACCUGGCGACGAUGGGAUUGCUCUUCAUUAUCCCCAACAAAGUCUUCACAUCGCCGCACAAAUGGCGGCCAGUGACGCGCCCUUCGUCCUGGUCAGAUGUACCACCAAAGACGAGAUUGCAGCACUCACGCGGCUACAGUACGAUGCCUUCCCACCGUUCAUUCGCAAGAUCUUCAUGGGCUGCUCCACGCCUCUAAUACAAGACGAACUCGACGUUUACAUUGAACGGCUGGUGGAUGAAGCGAACGAGCACCCUAAUGACGUCUGGAUAGGUGUCAAAGACACCGAAACUGGUAAGUUUGUCGCAGGUAGCGAUUGGCGAGUGUUCACGAACGGCCCUGGUGGCGAUCGAAACGCCGAUAGACCACCAGACAACGUCUACGGCAAGGAACGGGAGGCUUGCUUGGGUAUACUCGGUAACAUGAACGAGGCAAGGCGGAAACAUAAUCCGGGGCCAUUCGUUCACCUACACAUCUGCUUCACAGACUCAGCAUACCGCCGCCGGGGCGCGGGUGCCAUGAUGGUGAAAUGGGGCUGCGACCUCGCCGAUCAGCUUUUCCUGCCAGCGUACAUCGAGGCGUCCAAGGAAGGCAACUUUCUGUACAAGACACACGGCUUUUACGAGGCCGGUAUGAUCGCUGAAGGCGAAGACGGUGCGGUGGCAAUGAAGCGAGACGUGCGCUCAACGCCCAUCAUGGGCGGCAAAGCGAAGCUUGCCACUUAACAGCUGAUGCUAGUCUUCAACAGCGGAGGAGGGCGACGCCAGCGGAAUCAGAUAGCCCG